AUUACUGCUGGACGCGAGAUGAUCCUGAUUAAUAUCAUCACUGUGGUGUUUGUGUUGGAUGUGUGCGUGUGUGAGUCGGAGCUGGGCCCCCCCGGGUGGAGGGAACCUCUGGACUGCGUCCGAGCCUCGGAACUGUGCAACCAAAACAGCCAGUGCAGUUCACGUUACCGGAUCAUGCGCCAGUGCCUGUCUGGCGGGGACAAGGAGCGCAGCGCCAUGCUGGCCUCCAAGGAGUGCCAGGGGGCGCUGGAGGUGCUGCAGGACUCGCCACUGUACGACUGCCGCUGCAAGAGAGGCAUGAAGAAAGAGCUGCAGUGCCUGCAGAACUACUGGAGCAUCCACAUGGGUCUGACUGAGGGGGAAGAGUUUUAUGAGACGUCUCCAUACGAGCCGAUCCACUUCUCAGAGGAAUACCGACAUGCGUCCAUCAUCUCAGAUUCAUCUUUGUCGAAGAUGAGCCCCUGCUCUGAAGCGGGGAAACCCUGUAACCCCUGCCUGGACGCAGCCAAGGCGUGUAACCUCAACGAGACGUGUAAACGUUUAAGAUCUGCCUACAACUCUAUCUGCAGCAAGGCCAUGCCCCCACAGCCCUCUCUGGCCAAUCAGGAGCCAUGCAGCCGGAAAAGGUGUCAGAAGGCCCUGCGUCAGUUUUUCGAACGGGUAUCAUGGGAGUUGAGUUACCCCCUGCUGUUUUGCUCCUGUCCCGACCAGGCGUGUGCCGAGCGUCGGCGCCGCACCAUCGUCCCCUCCUGCUCCCACCAGGAGAGGCACAAACCCACCUGCUUGGAGCUCCGACACACCUGCCGCUCCGACGCUCUCUGCAGGUCUCGACUUGCCGAUUUCCACAUGAACUGCCAGAUGACGUCUCAUACUGUCACCAGCUGCCCCCAUGACAACUACCACGGCUGCCUCAUGUCCUAUGUCGGCCUCAUUGGCUCAGAUGUGACGCCGAACUACAGCGACAGCAGCCCCUCCAACAUCACCAUCAGCCUGUGGUGCACCUGCAGGGGCACUGGCAAUCAGGAGAGAGAGUGUGACACUUUCCACCGGGACUUCACACACAACACCUGCCUCAAAAAUGCCAUCCAGUCGUUUGGUUACGGCUCAGAGGGGGGGACUCUUCUUGUAACCGAGCCGUCGUCCACCUUCUUGCCCCCCGUCCAGCCGCCAAUCAUCUCCAAACCUGCUCCCUCUCUUCACGGCAAUGCAAUCAAACCCAUGGACAGUGCUUGUAUGUUUUCCACCUGUGCCAACCUGCAGGACGGAGGCCAAAAGUGCAUCCCCUCUGAUGAGUAUGAGUGCGAAGAGGCGCUGUUGGCCCAGGGGUCAAUAGACUCUCAGGACUCUCCGGGGCCCAAGAGCAGCAGCCGGCAGCCAGCUCCACUCCUCCGCCGCAUCUCUGCGACUUUGUGUGUGUCCCUUCUGCCGACGUUUCUACUCCACAUCUCAUAA